UAGGACCAGUAGGGACCAGUAGGGACCAGUAGGACCAGUCAGAUCCAGUAGGACCAGUAGGACCAGUAGGACCAGUCAGAUCCAGUAGGACCAGUAGGACCAGUAGGGAUCAGUAGGACCAGGAUGUUCAGGUACACGCCCCCCUGGCAGGUUCUUUGUUACAGUCUGGACCACGACACCAAGAGACUCUCUGCAGGUGUCUGUCAGGAUGUUCUAACUCUUCAGCGUUUAAAAACAUCAAGCUCCGUUCAGCAACUUCCUCCAUCAGAUCCUCUGCCCCCCGCAGCCCCCACAACACUCCCUGCAGCCCCCACAGCGCCCUCUGCUGCCCCCACAGCACCCCCUGCAGCCAUGGACAGCACCCCGAGGAGAUGGGUGCUGAAGCCUCUGUCUCCCCUGCUGCAACCCUCAGACCUGCGCACUAUCACCAGCCCCACACGGACCGACGGCCUCGACUGGGUCGAUCCAGUCUUCACCUCCAACAGCAUCUCUGUGGCUCGCAGUCAGUCCUCUGUGGUCAUCUCUUCACAGCAGGAUGACAGGUCCAGGGACGUGGUGGUUCAGGCCCGACAGGCGGCAGUGUCACAAGAUGGAGGGAGCACCAGCGACGAGUGGCAUCCCAGUAGCCCCAGCAUCCCCAGCAGUCCCAGCAGCAGCUCAGGCUCUCACUGCGGUUUCUACUCCUUUGUGGAGGAUCCGACGAGUCCGGAGGCCGAGCUGAAUGAAGCUUGGAUGGUCUCGCCGCAGCGGCAGACUCAGUUGGCAACCCUGAAGGAGGAUAAAGGAUUCAAACUACAGACCUACACCAGCAGCAGGAAGCCAGAGAGUCUGUUCUCAGAGAGCAAUGGAGACACGCAGUAUAAAGUGGAUCUGUCCGACGGCAUCAAAGUGGUUCAGAAGGAAGAGGAGAAGGAGCUUCGAAAGGAGAUCAUUCGCAGCCAAGCACCAAAGAAGAACCCAACAUUUAAAGACCAGCUGAGUGCACUGGAGAAUCUGGAUCUGAGUCGAUCUACAAACAAACUGAUAGAUGGUUUCAGUGUGAGCUACAGUCCUUCCAGCUCCAGACCAGAACUUCACCGCACUGCUGACUCUGGGACCAUCGACAAGGAGCAGAUCAACUUCAGUGCUGCACGAAAACAGUUCCUGAAGAUGGAACAGGAGCAGCUGAGAGCACUCCUCAACCCUCUGAGGUCUUCAAAAACACAUCUGAAUGCAUCUCUGCAGCCAGAUCUGGAUGCGUCCUCAUCAAGUCAGGUGGAGACAUACCGCAUGGAGAUGAGUGAAGAUACAACACAGUUUAAACCAUCAGAGGACGAGGAGACCAACCCAAAGAGUAAGAUGACGGUGUGCCGGACUGAGGAAAGUCUUAGCCAGCAGAGCAGUGUGUUCGACGACCUGGACUCUGGCCUGGAGGAGCUUUCUGUGGAGGUGGGUGGCGGCUACACAAGUGACGAAGGCGUGUUCAAUGAUAACACUCAGCAAGACAACAGGAGCGACUAUGAGACGCCAAUUGAAAGGGAGAUCCGGUUAGUUCAGGAACGCGAGGAAAACCUGCGGCGCUCUCGAGGGCUGAAGCACAGUGUCAGCAGAGCAGAGAUGGUAGAGAUCAAAACUAAACGUUUACAGUCGCCUUUAACACCUGUUAAAGCCAAAGAGAAGAGCCGAGUGAGCUUCAUCAUCCAGCGUGAGCUCCAGAAGGAAAACCAGAGGAAGGAGGAGCCUCAGCAGCAGGGACGAUACGGGCUGGAUCCUCCACAGGAGCUGGAGCACAUACAGAAGGAGUUUGACCAACAAGACGAGGACAAGAGGACAGAAGAAAGACCUGGAAAAGUCUUCCUGUCACCUUGCUGUCCUCAUCGACACCCCGAAGAAACCGAGUUGUAUAUCAGCCGAAUGAGUUCAGCUCCUUCCUCCUUCUCUGUGAGGGACUCAGAUUUCCCAAGAGGUCUCCACCAAGAUCGAAUAACUUCUUCAUCUUCCUCUUCUCUCUCGUCCCCAACUCCUCUGCCGGACACGACCUUGACCAUGCCUCGGUCCUGGAGGAAGAACCUGGAGUCCACCGGCCUGCAGUCCAGUGGACAAAGAGCUCCGGAUUUCAUUGAGAAGGAGAUCGAGGAGGUCCUGAAACGGGAGCAGGAGCUGCGGGAACUGAGGGAGUCCAGGGACGAAACUGAUCACCAGCUAUUCUCUCCGGCCCCUCUGGUGGAACAGGCAACCAAGAUGGCCGUCAGUCAGUUCUACCCACCUGUAAGCACAGUGUCACAUAUGAUGUCAGGUAUUUUCCUUCCUGUUUCAGAUAAACUCGUCAGUGUUUCCUCUCCUCGUCCCUUCGUCCGUCUACCCUCCAUCUCCUUAAUCACUGCUCAGCCCUGGACCUCCUCAACUCCUCGCCCCUCCUCCCCCUCUCGUCCCAUCUCCUCCUCCUCCUCCUCCUCCUCCUUCCCUGUGGUGGUCCGGCCGGUCCCCCCUCCUCUCAGAGGUCUGACAGAGACUCUGCUGCAGGACUUUGAGGAGCGACGAGUCCAGCUGAAACUGGAGGAGAGCUCAUACGCAGGAAUCCAACCGGUGGACGACGUCAACAAUGAGGUUGUUGAGUCGACUCGGGUCAUUCGACAUAAAAACCAACGAGCUCUGCGCUGGGAGGCUGGAAUGUUCGCCAACCAGGAGGAGCAGUGAGACCAGAUCCAUGGUGUCUCCUCUGGUUCUUCCUCUCAGUUCAGCUGGAGUGUCUCUUCACUAGCAGGACUGUUGUCGUUCAGCUGAGAUUAAAAUGGUUUUAAACUGGAACAAUUUGAAGAAAAGGCUGUUCCUGGUUCUUUAAGAUGACAGUCCCUUGCCUCGUCCAAUCAGCUGCCAGCUGCUGUGUAGAGCCUCAAGCAGAGACUAUGAGCCUCAUGCAAGAACCACUCAUUUGAACAUAUUCGUUCAUAAGUGGCUUGUACGACUGAUUUAGGAGACCUUGUGGCAUUCACCAAUUUUCUACUAUUUUGAAUCUUAUCUUAAUUUGAACUUCCUCUUCAGUAUUAACACAGUUUACGAGGUCCAGACUCUGGUAGGAGUCAAUCAGUCUGCUGUUAUCAACUGAAGGAUUGUAUAUUGCAUUAUUUCACAGACAUUUAUGCAAAUUACAUUUCAUAAUUCAGUUGUCAUGAUCCAGUCUGAAUUUGAAUAUAGUUGUAAAUGUAUCAUCAGCCUAACGUAACCUCAUUAAUGGAAACUAUUGAUGGGGACUUUCUGUUGCAAUACCUGACAAAUGCAACAUCACCUUUUACCGUAUUCUUUUUCUCUAUCUUCCCUCCACCCCCUCCCGCUGCACUCAUCCAUCGCCUUGCUUUUCAUAUCAAACCUCUUCUUCUUGAUUUCAGCAGCAGUCCGACCCUCAGGUGACACAGCUCCUUUAAUUCCACUGCUGACGCCGUUAAAAAUGAUUAACUGACUUUCCUUUGUUGAUCUCAGAAAGCAGGACUUCAAUCUCUGAGCUCGUAAACUUCUUCUUUUUACUCUUCCUACCAUUUAAUGGAUCAACUUCCUAACUGGUGGGGCAGUUCCUGGAGCCUUACAUGGCAUUAUCGGAACGUUGCUUAUAGAAAUGUUCAUUUCUCUUGAACACACUCCAUUACACACAGGUGGCGUUCAUCAUUUUUACACAGAAAUCUGAAGUUAGGAGCAUUUGCCAAACCUGACGUGGCAGACUUGUACGAAACAAAGUCCAAGCAAGUUAAGAUAAGAAUACCAGAAGGUUCUUGCAUGAGGCCCAAUGUGUAGAAAAGGAAUGCAGAAGUAAAUUAGAGUUAAAGUGAGUGACGAAGAGCAGCAGAACAGGAAGUUCCUGAUUGUUUUGAUGAUUUUAAACUGAUGCUUUAAAAAUAACAAGGAAUAAACUUUUUUUUUCAAACUGUC